GUUACCCAAAAAGUCACCGGCUCUCUCCUGCACAUCGUUUCCCGUCUCUUACACGCUCAAUCUGGAAGCAUCCAGAUAUCCGGCCAGCCACCAUUACAGCCUCCCUACAUCCGCCUCCGGCAUCUACCUCCUACUCUAACUACAUAAUCAACAGUCUUCUUAUCCACCGAAUUACGGAACGAUCUUAAAUGGAAGCGGGAAAUCUCCUCCGUGCAGUCCCGUUAAAUUCUCAUACACCUUCCGGUCUCCUUCUCCGAUCUAGUCCACAGUUCUCUAGGGUUUCGGCCAACUUACAGGGAGGUUAUAAAGGACCAAGGCCAAAAAGAGAAUUGAUUGCUGAUUGGGUAUCAAAAAACGACGAUAUUGUCAGGAGUAUUCCGAUCUACGUAGGAGGGACCUCUCUGUUCGGUGUUCUGUUCAACAGGACAAUUUCCGGCAUAGCUCCGGUUGCUGAUGCCAGCAGUUCACAAUCCAGAGCCGAUCUACUUGCAAUUGGGUUAGCAGUAACUAAUAUUUUAGCAGGUCUUGUGUGGCUUUCAAUUCGACCUAAAUCCAUAUCUGUGGUGCCACCACGAGGUGUGGAGUGUGAAAGAAUACAUUCCAGCAUUCCAGAUCUUGUAUCUUCUGAAUUAAAAUGGGCAUGGGAAUCAUUGUCAGGAGUGACAUGCAGCAAGUCUGUAGUGAUUGUAUAUGAUGGGAUUUGUGUUGCACAAAUUGGAUAUGCUUCUAAUGAAAAUGAAGGUGAAGCCAUGGUUGUAGAUGCUCAUAAGUUGAUGCAAGGAUCAAUCUAUCAAGGCCUUAUGAAAUCUGGAUCACAAAGCUACUUGGCAAAUUUAUCUCUGUAUCCUGGAAAAUCUGAGCUCCCAUUUCUCCCUUCAAACACACAGGCAGUGAUCUUGCAACCACUUGGAGAUAAAGGAAUUGCAAUAAUUGGAGGUGACACUAUUCGAGGCUUCACAACAUCAGACCAGGCAUGGAUCAGUUUAAUAGGAGAGAAGCUGGAUGCCACGCUUUCUAAGCAUAUCAACACCAAAAAACCUUUGGCUACUUCUAAACAAAGAUAAACGUUUUGUUUUUCGUUAUUCAUUAUUAAUUUAACUAUAUGUUUGUAUAUCACAAUAAUAAUUUAAUAUAUAUAUUUAGCCAGUGA